UUUUCACUACGUCACACAGCAACAACAAAGCUUCAAAAUGGCGCCGACAGGUGCCCGAAACUAAUUAACGUUGUGAAAACAAUAGUUUUGAUUGAGUCAAUUAAGAAAAUAAGAUAAACAUGCCGAAGAAAAAGGGAAAAUCAAAGAAAGGGAAGGGUAAAAAGGGGAAGUCAAAGAAAGAGACAAAAACUAGCGAAGGACCAAGAGAUCCAAUGACUCCAACUCAUAUCCCACCGCCCCCGCUUCCAAGAGAAAAGCUGAUAAAUCUAUUGAAACAACAUCCUGUGAAUGAAAAAGAAAUCCAUGGUUACAAAGUAUCAGACAGAAUCCUGAAGAAUUUAACAUCUUCUGAAAUAAGAGACCUGAUUGUUGUUUUUGAAUUGUUUGAUGCCAAUUCUGAUGGAUAUAUCAAUGCUAAAGAGUUACGACGUGCAAUGAGAGCACUUGGAUUUAAAUGUUCAAGAGAGGAUGCCAAAGAUAUGAUUUCAGAUGUCAGUGUUAAAGGAAAAAGCCAGAUCAGCUUUGUAGAGUUUUUAGAAGUCAUCAUUGACAGACAAGACGAUGCUAGAGACAUCUAUGAUGAAAUACUCCAGGGAUUCAAAAUGUUUGAUCAAGACAAUUCUGGAUCUAUUACAUUAGACAAUUUAAAACAAAUAUGCACAGAAGCUGGGAUGAAGUUUGCACAGAGAGACUUAGAGGAAAUGAUAGAAGAAGCAGACAUUAAUGGCGAUGGGAAAGUCGACCAAUCAGAAUUUAUACGAAUUAUGUUACAGACUAACUUGUUUUAAAUAUGUUGACCAACUUGACCAAUCUGUAUUUAUGCUAUUGGUAUUACAGCUGGUAGCAAGUCUUUGUUUUGAUGAAAA